AUGAACUUGUUUGAAAAAUUCAAAGAGGCGAUUCUUUGUGAACAGCAAGAAGAUGUAGCUCAAACGACACUGUACAUCAAUGCCUAUCCACCCAGGAAAUUGGCCCAGUUGGGUCUUGCGAUCAUCAAUUUAAACAUUGUCAACAUCAGAACCGGCAUUGGUGGAAAGACCAUUUUGGAACUCCAAUUGGACAAUGCCGUCUCUGAUGGCGAGUUGUCGACGAGCACGAUGAAAACCGGUGAUAUUGUCAAGAUUGCCAAGAUGGGCAAAUCUGAAAAGAGCAAAAAUACAAAGAAGAAAAAACAAGAGAAUGAAGUGGAAGCGAGCGAAGACGAUGAAGCGCUUGAGGCUGUCGUCGUGAAAGUGACUGCUCAAAUGAUCACCUUGUCCGUUGAUGAAUCCACCAGCGAUGACAAAAUUCUCAACUACUACACCAACACCACGGAUUCGGCGAGGUUAUGGAUUGUAAAAUUAGCCAAUUCCGUCACCUACAAGCGCAUGCUCACCACGAUGGACAAAGUGGCCGCGUUGAAGGAUUGCAACAAGAAUGAGAUCCACCGGUUAUUAUUGGGCGAGACCAAAUACGAGCCAAGAGCCACCAAUAACGGCAGCACGCAAUAUCCAUUGAAAUUUUUCAAUGCAGGCCUCAAUGAGUCUCAAAAGCUGGCGAUUGAUUUUGCAAUCAACCGAUCCAACAUUUCGAUAGUAUUUGGGCCACCGGGGACGGGGAAAACCAUGACUUUGGUCGAGCUAAUACGGCAGUUGACAGAGCACGGCGGUGAAAAAGUCUUGGUGUGCGGACCUUCAAACAUCUCGGUGGAUACGAUAUUGGAGCGACUAGGCGACAAGUACAAGGCUGGUGAACUCGUGCGAAUUGGACACCCGGCUCGACUUUUACCUGUAAACUUGCAGCAUUCACUUGAAGUCUUGUCCAAAAGUUACGGGCGUGAUGUCAUUAUGGAUUUGGAAAAAGACAUUCAGUCUGUGUUGGGCAAGAUUAAAAAGGCCAAGAGGUACGCUGAGAGGAAAGCAUUGUAUCAAGAACUAAAGCUUUUGAAGAAAGAGUUGGUUCAAAGAGAACGGAAAAUUGUUCAUGAACUAUUGAACAACGCAAAAGUCAUCUUGGCUACACUACACGGGGCUGGCUCCUAUGAUUUGAAGCGAAGCGGCGUAGCGUUUGACACAAUCAUUAUCGACGAGGUGUCACAGUCGAUGGAGCCGCAAUGCUGGAUUCCCUUGUUGCUCAGUGACAAGUUCAAGAGGCUAGUCAUUGCCGGAGACAAUAUGCAACUUGCUCCCACCGUGAUGCUGUCGGGCAAAGGCAAUGCUUCUGCUGCUUCUGCUGCUGGAACGGCUCCUUCGAUCUUGGAAACUACCUUGUUUGACAGACUAGUUGCGAAACUAGAUGGCGAAAAGUACAAAAACUUGCUUAAUGUCCAGUAUCGCAUGAAUGAUAGUAUAAUGAAGUAUCCGAGCAUGGCAUUGUAUCAGGACAAGUUGACAAGUGCCGACGCAGUCAAGGACAUUAGCUUGAUUGACCUUCCGGGCGUGGUGGAGAAUGAAGAAACUGCUCCACAGUGUCUCUGGUACGAUACUCAAGGCGGCGACUUCCCAGAACAAAGACUAGAUUUAGCUACAAGCGAUUCUAAAUACAACGAAAUGGAGCUACUCAUAGUCAAAGCACAUAUCCAGAGGCUCGUUGAAAGCGGAGUCUCGCCAACAGAUAUAGGAGUGAUUGCACCCUAUGCGGCACAGGUGCUGGUUUUAAAAAAGGAGAUUGGACGAGACUCGCAGAUUGAAGUGAGCACCGUCGACGGGUUUCAAGGUCGAGAGAAAGAGGUGAUCAUUUUGACUUUGGUGCGCUCGAAUGAUGUUCACGAUGUGGGGUUUUUGAAGGAAAAGAAGCGAUUGAAUGUGGCCAUCACGAGGCCCAAGCGACAACUUUGCGUUGUUGGAGACUUGCAAACGAUGGAAAUGAGCGGGCACCCGUUUUUGAAGAACUGGAGCAAAUACGUUGAAGAUGGCCUUGAAAAGAACCAUGUAAAGCCUUAUGAGAUUGUUUAUCCCAACUUGGAUGAUUAUUUAACGAGCUAA